AUGCGCUUUAAUCUGCGCAAUUUGUUACCAGUACGGCAUGCACCGGAGCCUAGCGCACCCGCCAGUACCAGCCAACAAGACCAAGCUGGGGACAGCAACGCAGCUGCUGCUGGCGGUGAUGGCGUCGAUCAGAUCCGUACGGCAGCCGCCGACGGCGAUCAGGAACCCAGUGCCCAAGCACCCUCCUCCCCCAGCCCAGCAGCACCACCUGCUGCUGCUGCUGCCGGAACUCUUGCCGCAGCCGAUGCCACCACGGAAACCACACAGCCUCAGAUCCCCUCCUCAGCCACCGAGCUAGCGCCCCCGCUGGGCUCCGAAACCAAGCCUGGAAGCAGCUCACCCACGGCACAGCCACACGAGGCUCCUUCUAACAUAUCUUCCAGCCUAGCCGUUGGCUCGACGGGGCUCGCUCUACCUACCAGCUCAACCCCUGCGCCACCUGAGGGGACUUCGAAACCGCAACCACGCCCUGCUAUGCCUUCGCAACAACAGCAGCAACAUGCUAGAAGCCAGCAUCUAAAGAAAGUCCCCGCAGGUUCCCCCAUGGGCAAGAAACCGCAGGCGCAGCAACCCGCCACCACCACCACCACCACGGCCAGCGAUGACACCUCCGCCGCUCCAGGAGGCCCUCCGUUGCACCAGGGGGUCCCCAGCAGCCGCAUAAAAGCCACAGCUUCUAAUGCUCCAGAACCAGCUCCGAAACCACCGGCUCCCAAGGCGAAAGCUGCUCCACCACCGGCUCCAGAACCACCUGCACCCCCCUCUCCUGGCGCCCUGCAUCAGCAGCAACAUCUCAAGGAAGAGAGGCUCCAGGCUUUGGCCGCGGCACAUAAGAGGGCCUUGCGUCAACUGGCCUCGGAGCGCCAGCAGAUCGCGCAGCAGCAGUCCAUGUACGACGCAUCGGGUCCAAUGGCGGCGGCCGCCGCGGCGGCGGCGGCAGGUCGGGGCCCGCCGCCGCUGUGGCGGCCUGUUGCCGACAGCGGCGCGGACAGCCGGGCGGCUAGGGCGGCUGUACGGCAACAAAUGAUCGAACAGUUGCAGAUAGAGCAGAUGGCGGCCAUGGCGGCUCUGAAGGCGCUGAAGGAGGGCAAACCAUUAGCGGAGGCACGGCAAAUCGGCAACACCCAAUACAAUCAGCAACAACAAGAACAGCAACAGCAGCAACAGCAGGUCGUGCAAGGUCAGACUGUCGGGAUGGGCAGCCGGGCAACCCUUGGCCCAGCGCCGGUGGCGGCACAGGCGGCGCCACCGCCCGCAGCACCAUACCAGUUUUCCAGUGUUCUACUGCUGCCUCAGCAGCAGCAGCAGCAACAGGUUCAGGAUCAGCCGGGGCGGCCUUCUGCCGGCGGCGGCACCAGGGGACCCCCGGGGGAGUCGUCGGAACGCUCCACAGAAGUGCACCAGACCGCCACCACCACCACCGCCGCCUCUGCCGCCGCUUCCUCUUCCGCUCCUGCCUCGACCCCCGAUGCCGCUUCCGAUGUCGCUGUCGUUGCCGCACAUUCGGCGACUGCCGGGGACGUCUCCGGUAUGACGUCAACUUCCAACGGUCAACUUCCGGCGGUUGACCAACCGCCGUCGUACAUUGAGGACCUCAAGGAGCAAGUCAAGGUGUGGGAUGCCAUUCCAACCCGACCCAGACUGUGA